AUGUUUUACAGUGGCCGUCACUUGAUCUUUUUUGAUGGAAAAAAUAGAGAAUUUAAUAUAGACAUUGAUUUGAGUCAUUCACACGAUUUGAAGAAGGAACUAGAAGUUAGACUAACGAAUGAUGAUGACCUUUGCUUUCUCUAUUAUUCGCGGAUAAACAUAGAUGAAUUUUCAAAAAUUAAGCAGCAGCAAGGCUUGCUAGUGAACUUCAACGAUUUCGAGCAGAAGGUGGUUGAGCUACUGAACGUUUGCUCUCAGGACGAAUCUACGGAAAAUCCCAAGUAUGCUGUUCGAUUCUCGAAAAACAGUGAGGAAACGAAUUCUGGCGUUCUGCAGAUCGUUGAAGCCACUAAUUUUAAAUAUCUUCAUCAUUUAACUCUAAAUCUUCGCGCAGCUGAUGAUGACAAACUCAAGGCGUAUCUUGUUGGCUGUAUAAAAAAACACAAGAGCGAAAGUAAUGCCCAAAUUCAUCAACUCAAUCAAUCACUGACAGAGCUUACUUCUUCCCUUAGGUCUGUGGAAGAGGCCAAGAGGUCCAUAUUAGAUGAUUUUGAAAAGUAUAAGGAAUGUUGUUCAAAUAAGGAAGCUAAUAUACUAGCUAAGCAUGAUUUGGAUAUUAAAGAAAUGGAGUCUAAUCACGCAGAAGUGAGAUCAAAACUGGAAGUGCUGCUAUCGAAGGAAAAAGAUAUGGCACGUGAGAUGCAAGAAGAAAUGCGAAGGGACUUCGAGAGUCGUUUGGAUUUGGCUUUGAGUAAUAAUAAGAAUCUACGUGAUCAUCAAUCUGUUCUUCAGACAAGUUUGGAGGAAUUACAGGAAAAGCUAAAAUUAUCAGAGGCAGAAAAUGCUUCCCUUAAUAAGGAGCUGAAAGAUUUACGUUCUCAGUUAGAUGAUACCAAGCGAACUUAUGAUUUACAAACUGAAAUGGUUAAUCAGCUGCAAUCUAACAUUUCUGUAUUAGAACAAGAUGUAGCUUCCAAAGACAAACAAUUGGUGGAAUUAAAGAAUUCGCUUGCUACAGAAGAAGAACAAAAGUCACAUGCUCUUGAGCAGUCGGAGCAUCAAUCUCGUAAUAUCCAGAGUUUGGAAAAGAUGCUAUCGUCAAAUACUGAAGAAAUCAACAAAUCCAAUGAAAUCAUCAAACGUUUACAAAACGAGGUCAAGAGUUUCCAAACAAAAGCUAAAUUACGAGGUCAAGUAGCAGCCGAACAGGAACGUUUGCUUGUUGCUAAAGACUCUGAAAUUCAGAAAUUAAACGUUGAGUUAGAAGGUAUAAAAUCAGAACUUUCAGAUAUUACAAAACGCAAUGCUCAUAUCGUUGAAGAGCACAGACAAGUUGUCCAAAAUUUGACAGAUGCUCAAAAAACAAUCAAAUCGAAUGAAGCAAUUAUUGCCUGGUUAAACCGUCAAAUUGCUGAAAACGAUUUGGGUUAUGUACAAAGUCGUCUGAAGUCGUCAAUAUGUCCAGUUAUAAGCGAACCUAAUACAUCAAAUGUAUCUUCAACUGUCACUUCAGCAAAUGCCAUGGUUGCUUCUUCAGGAAACGAGAGGUACUCAGCAUGUAAAGGUACACAUUUAUCAAAUAUACCACAAAUAAAGCCUCAACUCUCUGUUAUGACACAAUUAGUCACAUGUACAUCUCCCAUUAUGGUAUCAUCGCUGAACGCAAAUAUCGUAACAUCAGCUGAUAAGAAAUAUUCCGAAGUAACCACUAAUUCGUGUGUCAAAAACCUUUCUUGUAGAAUGAAUGAUAAGAAUUACGUGACCUGUGGUUUGAAUCCUCUGUCAACGGCUAAAAAUCAUACAAAUCCUAGGACAGCCGGUGAUUUCUUAGACCCGACUUCUACCUCCGUUAGACCUUCUGAACUGGCAAACUGUAUUAAUAAAUCUCAAAAUGUCGAAAAAGAGGCAUCGAGCAAAUAUUCUUGUACAAAUUAUGAAGAUAUUCAUCAACAGUCACUUGCGUCUGCCUAUUUCCCUCAAACAUUUUCAUGA